UCCCUUGUCACUAUUUUCCCUCCUCAUUAUAAAUACGCCACUCCAUCUCUUUCAAGUUCUGCAUCUUUUACAACCUAUUGCUGCAUGUGUUCUCUGACAUCUCUUUCCCUCUCUCAUAUAUGGAGUUCCUCACCGUACUCUGUAUUUUUCCAAUGCUGUAUUUGUGCUUCAUGAUGUGGAAGCUGCUCGAUGAGAGAAAAGACCGAGAGUGCUUCAUUUUAGAUUACCAGUGCUACAAGCCACCAGAUGAGAGAAAGCUUGGCACUGAAUUUUGUGGCAAGAUCAUCGCCAGGAAUCCUUACUUGGGCCUCGACGAGUACAAAUUCCUGCUCAAAGCUAUUGUGAGCUCCGGCAUUGGCGAGCAAACUUACGCCCCAAGAAACGUCUUCUUGGGACGCGAGGCCCAGCCCACCUUGGAGGAUGCCCGCUUAGAGAUGGACGAGUUCUUCCACGACGCCAUCGCCAAGCUCUUGUCCAGAUCAGGAUUUUCUCCCUCCGACAUCGAUGUUCUUGUCGUCAACGUCUCCAUGUCCGCCGCCGUUCCGUCCUUGUCGUCCCGUAUCAUUAACCAUUACAAAAUGAGGGAGGACAUCAAGGCUUACAAUCUCACCGGGAUGGGUUGCAGCGCCAGCCUCAUUUCUGUGGACAUAAUCAAGAAUAUUUUCCAGUCCCAGAAGAACAAGCUUGCUCUUCUGGUGACUUCCGAGUCUUUGAGUCCAAAUUGGUAUUCUGGAAAGGACAAGUCGAUGAUUCUCGCGAACUGUUUGUUCCGAGCUGGUGGAUGUGCCAUUCUUCUCACAAACAAGAGGAGUCUGAAGCACAAAAGCAUGCUGAGACUCAAGUGCCUAGUGAGAACUCAUCAUGGGGCCAGAGAUGAGUCAUACGGAUGCUGCAUGCAACAAGAAGACGAGGAAGGACGGCUGGGUUUCUACCUCGGGAAAUCUCUCCCAAAAGCAGCUACGAGGGCUUUUGUCGAUAAUUUAAGAGUAAUAUCCCCAAAGAUUUUACCCGUAGGAGAGUUAAUGAGGUUCAUGCUGAUGUCCCUUGCGAAGAAGCUCAACACAAAGAGUUCUGCAAAGACCUCAAGCGGAGGAAUGGCCAAAUCGCCAUUGAAUUUCAAGGCAGGGGUUGAUCAUUUUUGUUUACACACAGGAGGGAAGGCUGUGAUUGACGGGGUUGGGAAGAGCUUGGAUCUGAACGAGUAUGAUCUGGAGCCAGCGAGGAUGACACUGCACCGUUUUGGGAACACGUCGGCGAGUAGCCUCUGGUAUGUGUUGGGUUACAUGGAAGCGAAGAAGAGGCUGAAGAAAGGAGAGAGAAUACUGAUGAUAAGCUUCGGUGCAGGCUUUAAAUGCAAUAGCUGUCUGUGGGAGGUAACGAGGGAUCUUGAGGACGCUAACGUGUGGGAAGAUUGCAUUGAUGAGUACCCACCACAGUGCUUGGCCAAUCCUUUCUUGGAGAAGUUUGGUUGGAUCCACACACUUGAGGACCUCACCAACGUCCAAGUACCUGAUUUUCUGAGCUGAGCUCUCUCAUCAUCUCUGGUUUUAAAGAGAUAAUAAAAAGAAAAAGGGGCACGCGUAAGGGGAGUAUACGUAUAGUGCUAUAGUUGUUGGGUGUGAGUGGAGAUUUGUACAUGACAAUAAAGUAUUUCUCACCAUCAGUAUCUCCACAACAUCCUGAUGCACCGCGGUUCUUAUAUCACCCACACUCUGAAUUUGUUUUGCAUAUUUGCUGUGUUGUACACUAUAUGUUAUUGUUGAAUUCCGCACUGUUUAAAGGGUUAUGGUGAUAGUGAUCAACGAAAAGAUAGAUAUUGUGAAAAUAACCUUUCACUCUACUGUGCUUUUAGAGA